UUCUUAUAUCAUUUAUCUUAUUAAUUUACAUAGAAAAUAGAGUUCAUAUUUGAAAUAUUGAAGAGGACACUCAUAAUGGAAAGGCUCCGAAAACACAUUCAGAAAAUCGUAGAUAAACGAAAAGCUAAAAAAGAGAAAUAUGAUUCAGUGAAGGAUGUCUUUCACUCACUGGGCGUUCAAACAAGUCUACACGGCAUUCCAAGAAUUCUCUCAUCCAAGCACUGGUAUCAACGAGGUCUUUGGACGUGUCUGGUUCUGGUGACAUUUGGAUUUUUGGUACACCAGAUUUAUCAACUGGUUGACGAAUACACCAACUAUCCUAUUAAAACAAAAGUAUCUAUGAAGAGGGAUACUCUGCGAUUCCCUGCUGUCUCUCUCUGCAACAUGAAUCCAGUGAAAUAUUCAUCGUUAUCACUUAUCAAUGGAUCUGAGCUCAAAAAUAUUAUAGACCCUGUACCCGAAGAGAGGAAAGUAUCAAAUCUAAAUAAUAUUGCCAACGAAGAGGUAACAAGUGCGAGUCCAUUUCGGACGACAAGUUUAACAAGUUCGAGUCCACUCUGGACGACAAGUUCCCAUGAUAAUGGAAGUACAAACCAUUCGGACUACAGCUAUUAUGAUGAUGACUGGUAUUAUUGGUGGUGGUGGGACUAUUGGUUCAAUGAUUAUUAUUUAGAUCUCAAUAGUGACCAAGAUGAUUCCUAUCGUCAAUCAGCCAGCGACUUUGGAGAUUAUCUGGAGAAUCAAAGGGCCUGGGAAAACGAUGAAUGGAGCGAAAAAAUUGAAUAUUUUAAAUACCUCUUCCAAAACCAGUCAAAGGACACCCGGAAAGAAUUGGGACAUUUGAUUAAAGACAUGCUAAUAUCUUGUUCCUUUAAUGGAAAGAAAUGCUCAGCAGAGUAA